CUUCUGUCUCCCUAGGAGCCCCUGAAGCCUUCGCAAGCCACAGUUUCGGAAACGCGACAGAUAAAACGUCUGAAAACGGCUCGUCCAAAGAUGGAGGAGGACACCUUGAAUAUAUCGCUUAUUUCCUCAUUCCGGUAUUCUUCCUGAUGGGGCUGUUGGGGGUUUUAAUUUGCCACGUGCUGAAGAAAAAGGGCUAUCGGUGUACGACUGAAGCGGAGGAAGAAGAUGAACAGCUUGGGGAAAAGAUAGAAUUGAACGACAGCAUCAAUGAAAACAGCGACACUGUGGGACAGAUAGUUGAUUAUAUCAUGAAAAAUGAAGCCAACGCAGAUGUGCUGAAAGCUAUGGUGGCUGAUAAUUCUGUCGGCGACCCAGAAAGCCCGACGACUCCAGGCAGCCCAGUGAGUCCAGGUUCCCCGUUGUCCCCUGGAGGUCCUUUGUCAAAACACACUUGCCGAGGGCACCACUUGCACACCAUUGGCGGGGUGGCCGGGACCGGCGCUUGCUCUCGUUGCAGCCAUAAACGCUGGAAUCUCUUCAGUCCAAAUAAAAGGGGCAAAGAAGCCAAAAGACCCCGGCACGGACAGGUCACCGUGCUCUCCGUGGGAAGAUUUCGGGUUACCAAAGUGGAAGCUAAAGGGGCUGCCAAGGACCGAAAGCAGUUGGUGUCCGUCAGUGGAGGCAACGUUGGAGACGUGCCCUCUACUCCUGGGAAAGAAAGCUGCAAAGAACAAUCGGCUUCCCUUCCUGUCACGCCGGAAUCUGAAGAGACGCCGAAAUCAACGCCGAACAGACAGGGGAAGAUUGUGAGAUCGGACUCAGGAUAGCGUUCCGCGGGCAGAAAGUGAUGAUGGCAGGACAUGUCAGCAGGAUAAAAGAAAUCAAGGAAGACCACAGAAAGGGAGGGGAAGAAAAAAGGACUUCUCAUGGAUGUAUUUGGGAACGCCACACCUCGGGCAGCUUUCACUAAUUGAAUCUCUGCACCGUUCGACCCCAGAUAUUUAACAUAUUGUUAAUCACGGAAUAUUGAAUGGCGUUUAUUCAUCCGGAAUGUACUGCGUAUAUGUAUGUUUAAAAAUGCCUUUUUUUUACUUUUUAUUUUUCCUCUGUCGAACUUAAUGAAAACUCUCUCUCGGAACAAGUGGGGAGGGAGCCCCCAAACUCUUGCCCCACAAGUGUCUUUUGUAUACGUCGCACGGCACGAGUUCGAAGCA